GCCACCCACAAUUAGAUGUUGUAUUCUUCCCUAGUCUAGUCCACUACGCUGAGCUCAGUCACCCUCGCCACUCACCAAGACGAGAUGACUUUGCUGGAUCCACACCAGACUGUCAUCCAUCUCAUCUGGCAAGGAUAGAGCAAUUCUUCCAAGAUUCACCGGUCAACAACCCAAACCACCCUCCAAAAUAAAAAAUGCCCACGGCCGCCCUCCUCCUGAUCCUCCUCCUCUGCACCGCCGCAGUCCCCAGCACCUCCGCCCCAAUCCUAGGCCUAGACUCCUUCCUAACCCACCAAUCCCACCUGGACCCCAAAUCCACAAACGACCCCUUCCCAUCCCUGGCUUCUUCCCUCAAGAAAUCCCUUGCCGCCUCCGGCCCAGGCCCUCUCCCCAUCCCUUCCCUCAUCUCCGACCUCCUUUCCCUCUCCCUCCCAAUACCUCUCCACAUCCGCCUUGUGGGCCCCACCUUCUCUUCCUCCUCCCCUUCCGUCCUCAAUUCCUUCCUCCAAUCGUCCCUUACUUCCUCCCAUUUCCACCUCAUCUCUUCUUCUCUGUCCUCCCACUCUCUUUCCGUCCGUCACUCCCUCCACCUAGACAUCUCCCUUUCUUCCUCCUCCCUCGUCUCUUCCCUGUCCGCCGCCCUAUCCUCCGCCAUCUCCUCUACUCCUUCCUCCCUCCGCUCUCCUCUCCUCUCCGUCCCAUAUUCCACCAUCGACCCCAUCAUUUUCCGCCAUUUCGACUCUGAUAAAACCGACAAUUCCCUUUACAUUUACAUUCUCAAUCUCGGGCUCUCCUCGAAGCAACCUUACGCUUACUCUUACACUCAUUCUGACUCUUCCGCGGGCUACACCAAUUGCUUAGGGACCCUUUGGACAGGCAAAAAAAGGUAUCUUUGGAUUGAUCUCGGGGCUGGUCCGGUUGACUAUGGACCGGCCUUAUCCGGUGAUGGGGUACUUCCAAGAGGCGAGUUUCACCCUUUAGCGGCCUUACAUGGAAGACCCAAAUCUGAAAAGGCCUUGCUUUCGGAGUUGGCUUCAUUGAUAUACAGUGCUUAUCAGGUACUUGUUGUUCCUCCUUUGAGAAUUCCUGUUCAUUUUGAGAAUACUUUAACUGUUCAGUUUAUUCAUGUUCACGCUUCUGAAAGUAAGGAUUCAAGCGGUUUGGAUUGGAAUCAGAUUAUAAAAAAGUUUCAUGAUGAGGCAAAUGAUGGUGAAUUGUUGUUUGGCAAUCAGACUUUAGAGUUUAAGAGGUACAGUGUUAGGUACGAGGAGUGUUCUAUUUGUUCUUUUGCGGUUUCUAGGUCUAUCAAUUCAUAUACUUCGAGGUUCCUGUUUGAUAAUUAUACUUUAAUUGUAAGCGAAUAUUUGGAUUCAAAGCGUUUGCACCAGAUAUUGUCUGAUUCAGCUGAGGAGUUUAGGAGGGUUGCAGGGUUGCCCGAGGAGGAAUUGGGUAGCAGGGUGCUUCCUAUUUAUGUGUUUGAUUUGGAUUAUAACACCAUUUUGUUGCUUGAUCGGUAUCAUCAGUCUGUUGCAUUUAAAGAUAUGGUUAUCGCUGUUAGGACAAAGACUGCUCAGACUGUGAGUGAUUACAGUUGUAAUGGUCGUCAUGUUUUUACACGUACGAGGGAGCUGGAGAGGCCACUUGUUGGUUCACUUUUACAGAGUAUGUGGGGAGUGUCACCGACUCAUUUGUUGUGGAGCCCUACGCAUAAUAGUACGCUGGUGGAUUACUCAUGGAGUGUUGGUCAGACACCUUUUGGACCAUUUUCGGAGAUUUCCUCAUUGUCUUUCGUGCAGAAGGAUGCAGCUCGGAGAAAUUUUCUCUUGACGUCAUUGAAUUACAGUAUAACAAGUGCUAUCGAUGUUCUUGAAUCUGUAUAUGCACAUGGUGGGGAUAGAAAUCUCCUUAAACAGAAUCAGCAUGUUGAGUUCAUACAGAGGUGGCACUUGUUCAGGUAUAAGCUGGACAAAGCGGUUUCUUCUUUGUCACAUUUUGACUUUGAGAUGGCAUUCUAUUACAUAAGGUCCUCAGAUCAUGAUCUUUAUGCAAUGCACAAUCUUGUAUACACUGCAUCACAAGAAAUUGAAGCGUCACUUGUUUGUUUCAAGGACCCACCAUUUCCAUGGGCUUCACUAUCAUUUUGUGCAGUUGGUUUCCUUGCUCUCUCUUAUGUUUAUGCAAAAAGAGACAAACUUUUCAGGAACAAGAGGAAGCAGUUUUGAAAGUUUUAAUGAAACAAAGUUUGUAUCAUUUGAACAUAGUAGAGCACAUGUAUUUCUGUCAGAGAUGUAAGUCUCAAGAUUGAAAAUUAGUUUUAGUCAAGAAUUACUUAAAUGUUAGGGAGAAUUCUACUUUGUUACUCAAAUUUUCCCAACCUCAUAAUCUCUCGACUUAUGCUAUAUUUCCAUUGCAUGUUGGAUAAAUGUCAAUUUUAUGCACUUUCUUA